GCCUCCCCUCGGCUCAGCCAGGCGCGGUAGGGUGUGAUUUUCCUGUUCGCGCCUGCGGGGCAAGGACCUUCGCCGCUGGCCUCCUUUUCGUGAUACUCGGUGAUCUCACUGACAAUUGUUUAUCAUCAAAACUAGGAAAAUAAUUAGGAAUGGCUGUGGAGGAACUUCAGAGCAUAAUAAAAAGAUGUCAAAUCCUAGAAGAGCAUGAUUUUAAAGAAGAAGAUUUUGGCCUCUUUCAGUUAGCAGGCCAAAGAUGCAUUGAAGAUGGUCAUAUAAACCAGCUGCUAGAGAUUAUUCAAGAUGAAAAGAACAAGACCAUCAUUAAGUCUAUGGGGUGGAACCUUGUUGGUCCUGUUGUUCGAUGCCUCCUGAGGGGCAGAGAAGAGGAUAAGAGAGAAGAGUGUUCUCUGAUAUUUGAUUUGCUGGUGAAGUUGUGUAAUCCAAAGGAAUUGUUGUUGGGUUUGCUUGAACUCAUUGAAGAGCCCUCCGGAAAACAGAUUUCCCAAAUUAUUCUUCUUUUACUGCAACCAUUACAAACAGUUAUUCAGAAACUUCCUAACAACAAGGCAUACUCCGUUGGACUAGCAUUGUCAACACUUUGGAGUCAGCUGUCUCUUCUUCCCGUUCCACACUCAGAAGAACAAAUUCAGGCAGAUGAUUAUGGCCUUUGUCAGUGUUGCAAAGCCUUGAUAGAGUUCACAAAACCUUUUGUGGAAGAAGUAAUAAGUGAUAAAGAAAACAAAGAAAAUGCAAAACUAAAAGAUGAAUUACUGAAAUUUUGUUUCAAAGGCUUGAAAUGCCCUUUGCUGACAGCACAAUUCCUCGAACAGUCAGAAGACGCUGGAAAUGACCCUUUUCGGUGUUUUGCAUCUGAAAUAAUAGGAUUUUUAUCAAAAAUUGGACACCCUGUCCCCCAAAUUAUUCUUAAUCAUGGAAGGAAAAAAAGGACUUGGGAUUACCUUGAAUUUGAAGAAGAAGACGACAAACAACUGGCAGAGUCUGUGGCUUCUCUGACAUAUCUAGUAUUUGUUCAGGGCAUCGGUAUUGAUCAGCUUCCCAUGGUCUUAAGCCCAUCAUACCUUUUGCAGUUGAACAUGGAGCAUAUUGAAGUGUUUCUGCAAAGAACAGAACAGUCUAUUUACUCCAAAGGAUUGGAACUUCUGGAGACGAGCUUAUUGAGAUUAGAAGACAACAGCCUGUGUUAUCAGUACUUAGAAAUCAAGAGUUUUCUUGCUGUGCCUCAGGGCUUAGUCAAAGUUAUGACACUCUGCCCCAUUGAGACACUGAGGAAAAAAGGUUUAUGUAUGCUUCAGCUGUUUAUUGACAAGUUGGAUUCACAAGGCAAAUAUACAUUGUUUAGGUGCUUACUAAAUACAAGUAAUCACUCAGGUGUGGAAGCCUUUGUAAUUCAAAAUAUCAAAAAUCAGAUUGAUUUAUCAUUUAAGAAAACAUAUAACAAAUGGUUUGCAGGAGCACAGCUGAUCUCUCUGUUAGACCUGGUCCUGUCUCUCCCUGAGGGCGCUGAGACAGAUUUACUGCAGAACUCAGACAGGAUUAUGGCUUCAUUAAAUUUAUUGAGGUAUUUGGUUAUCAAAGAUAAUGAAGAUGACAAUCAAACUGGAUUAUGGACAGAACUUGGAAAAAUUGAAAAUAACUUUCUAAAGCCACUUCAUAUAGGACUUAAUAUGUCAAAAGCACAUUAUGAAGCAGAAAUUAAAAACAGCCAACAAAAUAACCAAGUAGCCUCGAUGUGUAAAGGUGUUUGUUCCGUGACUGUAGGUGGAGAAGAAAUCCCUACCAUGCCUCCUGAAAUGCAGCUUAAGGUCUUACAUUCCGCUCUCUUCACAUUUGACUUGAUUGAAAGUGUUCUGGCUCGAGUAGAAGAACUCAUUGAAAUCAAAUCAAAGUCUACCUCUGAAGAAAAUGUUGGGAUAAAGUAAAGGUUCUAUUUCAUAAAUAAAAACCAACAAAAUGCUGGUUUUCAUUAUAUUUUA